AGGAGGAACACGUCUUCAUCUUCAUCGCUCCGUCAGCUGCUCCUCGGUCAUGGGUCCGUCCCUCCUCUUCCUCCUCCUCCUCGGCCUGCUGAGCUCCGCCGGCUCGCUGCCUCCUCCACGAACCUCCUUCCUCCUCGGCGCCCCCAGCCGGCCCCUGGCCCUCUUCGGCCCCCCCGACGUCCUCAACGCCAGCUCCCUGCUGCUCAGCGGGGACGGGGCCACGCUGUACGUGGGGGCGCGGGACGCCGUGCUCUCAUUGGACGUCAGUCAGAGUGAUGUCAUCAGGCUGAAGAAGAAGGUGGAGUGGCGUCCAACCCAGAGCGAGACGGACAGCUGCCAGAGCAAAGGGAGGGAUGCUGCGGUGGACUGUCCUAACUUUGUGGGCGUGGUCCAGAUGAUGAAUUCCUCUCAUCUUUAUGUCUGUGGUAGUUUCGCCUUCAGCCCCAAAGACGCCUUCAUCGACGCAGAGAGCUUCCUGAUGGAGCGGCGUGUCGACGGCAGAGCUAAAGCUCGCUGCCCGCACAGCCCGGUCCAGAGGAGCGCCGCCAUCAGCGUCGACGGCGAGCUGUUCACCGCCACGACCACCGACUUCAGGGGCGUCGAACCGCAGAUCUCCAGACACUUCAGCCAAGAUGGCCGCCCGGACGUCAGCCAGGACUCGUCAGUCCGCCUGCUGGAGGAGCCGGUCUUUGUGGGCUCGUCCUCCGACCCGUCUCAGAAGAAGCUCUACUUCUUCUUCACUGAAGUGGGGAAAGAGUUCAGCUUCAUGGACGAGGUCCGGAUCCCCAGAGUGGCCCAGGUCUGCAAGGACGACGUGGGGGGUCAGAGGACUCUGCAGAACAAGUGGACCUCCUUCUCCAAAGCCCCUCUGCUCUGCCAGGUCCCCAAGCAGCUUCCCUUCAACGUGGUCCAGGACGUGUUCACCCUCCGGCCACCAGAGGGCGGCAACGCCUCUGAGACGCUGUUCUACGGGGUCUUCACGUCUCAGUGGUCCUCGGGUCCAGAAUCUGCCGUGUGCGUCUUCAGGCUGCAGGACGUCAGGGCGGCGUUCUCCGGGAGCUACCGGACCUUCGACAUGGAGACCCACCAGCUGAGCUCCUUACUGGGGAAAGCCUCCAACCUGGGACAGUGCGGACUGGACAGCGCUUCAGACCUGGAUCUGGCUCAGGUGAAGAAGAGCUUCCUGACCAGCGGCAGCAUCACAGGAGACCCCAUCGUGGUCUCUGGGGGGCACCAGUACAGCCGGGUGGCGGCCAUGAGGACCAGGGCGGCCAGUGGAGACCAGUACACGGUCCUGUUCCUUCUGACCGAGUCUGGACGGAUCCACAAAGUGGCCUUGCUGGACCGGGGCCCGCGGGUCGUAGAGGAGAUUCAGGUGUUCACACAACCACAGCUGGUCAAGAGCCUGGUCCUCUCCUCCUCCAAGGGAGUCCUCUACGUGGGGACGUCGGAGGGCGUGACCGCCGUCCCCGUGGCCAGGUGCUCCGUCUACACCCGCUGCAGCCAGUGCGUCCUGGCCAGAGAUCCUCUGUGUGGGUGGAGCCGGACCGGCAGCGCCUGCACCGGAUUGGACGGCCGGCACCACGACAUAGCUCAAGACCUGAAGGGUGGGAACGUAGGAGAAACAUGUGGCGGAGAAACCACGACGCCCCAGGUCACAGAAGUGGUGGUUCACCUGAACGAAGCGGUGAGGCUUCGGUGUCUGAAACCCUCCAACCUGGCAACCCUGACCUGGACCUCCCCCGGAUUCAAAAGCCUGCCGGAGGAGCUCUUCAUACCGUCGGCCGACGGCGGCCUGAUCUUCUUCGCCGCCGCCGCCACCUUCGGGAGCUACCGCUGCGAGGCGGAGGAGGACGGCUACAGGGAAGUCGUGGCGAGCUACGUGGUCCAGCAGGUCGCCGCCCCGGACCUCAGACGGGACGCCCGGUCCGGGAAGGAGACGCCGGAGAUCGCUCGCGUCCAGGAGAGUUUCUACGGCGAGCUGGUGGCCGUGUCCUCGCUGCUGGCCGUCUGCGUCGUGGCCCUGGCGCUCGGGGGCCUCGCCGCGUGGCGCCGGAGGAAAGCCGGCCUCGAGGCGCGGCGUCUGGUCGGCCCGGAAGACGGCGGCAGAACCAACGGCUGCACGGAGAGCGUUCCCUCCCUGAGCCGCCCGGAGGACGCCGGCGCAGUGACGGAGCCCAGAGGUCGCUCAGUUGCUCAGGAAGCUGCUCAGCAGAUGUAGAUCGGUUCGGUGAGGGGUCAAGAGGUCAAAGACAGAUUUACUCACCAGUUUUGAGUCUUUGAAGUUGUUUUGAGUCUCUCUGAAGUUGUUUUGAGUCUCUUUGAAGUUGUUUUGAGUCUCUUUGAAGUAGUUUUGAGUCUCUGUGAAGUUGUUUUGAGUCUCUUUGAAGUUGUUUUGAGUCUCUUUGAAGUAGAUUUGAGUCUGUUUGAAGUUGUUUUGAGCCUGUUUGAGUGUAAAUCUUCUCCUGUGACUGGUGAGAUAAAGAUAAACAUACUUUGUGUUUUAUUUUCUUUAAUGGUUAAACAAAUGUAUAAUUAGUUUGUGUAUUGUGAUUACCUUUUAUUAAAUGAUCUUUAAACAUUCAGGGAUCAGGCCGAUUGAAUAUCGAACCUGUGUUGAUAUAUAUAAUAUUUUUUUAAAAAUUACUCAUCGUGAGAAUUAAUGUAAACGAGACGUGACACCUGGACCUUCAUACUUCUUUAUAAUUCAAUCAUCAGAUAUGGUAUUAUUUUAUGUUGAAUUGUCUUGUGUUUCAAAUUAAAACUAUGAAUUGUGAA